AUGAGUUCACUAGACAACGAAGACAAUUUACUGAAAAUAAUUGACAAAUUUUAAAAUAAUAUAGAGAAAUUUUAAAAGAAUCAUAAAGAAAAAAUGCAUCUUGUUUUAUUAAUUGGUUCAACUGGUUGUGGAAAGAGUACUAUCUUUAACUUUUUAGUUGGAGGAGAUUUUUAUAUAAAUAAUAAGGAAUUAAAGAUAAAGAAUCCUUAAAAUCAUUUUUCUAAGAUGAAUGGCGGUAUGAUCUCAGUUACAAAAGAACCAAAUUUCUAUUUAAAUACUUAAAAUAAUCAUUUGAUUAUUGAUUUUCCUGGAUUUAAUGAUACAAACGGGGAGUUGGAUUAAUUAUUAUUUUAACUCUUAUUUUACAAAAUUGUUUCUACAAGCCCAAUUAAAGUUAUUUAUGCUGCCAAAAAUCCAGAAAACAACCUUAUAAAUAGAGGAAAUGAUCUUUAGGAAUUUGUUAGAUAACUAAAUUAAUAAGUUAAUGUAAGUUUUCAAAAAUUCAAUUUAUUUUUAAAUUGUUAUUUAGAAGAUUUAUCUGAUAAAGAAUUAGAAAUUAAUGUAAGGAAGGAUUUGCAUUCUGUUAAAUUAUCAUAAUUAGUAGAAUAAAUUUUUGUAUUAAGAAAAGCUAAAACAGAAGAAGAUGUUAGUUAAAUAUUCAACGAUUAAUAAAGAUAAAAAUUAUGGAAAUUGAUUGAAUCUAUGAAUUCUUUUAAAAUAUAACCAAUAAAAUUACCUAAGACUGAAAUAAUAAGUGAAUAUUUGAGAACAAAAACCUUUUCAACAAUUGCUAUGUAUGGAAAUAUGUUGUGUGAUGUUUUUGACAAAAAUUAUUUAAAGUUAUCAAAUACAAAAAGCCAUUAAACUUUAGUUUAAAUGAACAAUUUAUUAUCAUUUAUAAAAAUUUAGAAUAAUUAGGAUCCUCUUAGUUGGUAUUUAAAUUUCAUUUCAAUAUGUUAACAAUUGGCUACUAAUCUUAAUGCUUAAAAUGAUAUUAUGACAAGCAGUAAUAAUUUUAAAAAGAUAUUCUCCUUUUUUUCAUAGUUUUCUAAUCUUAUAUCUGGGUAUGAUGAGCUGAAGAUUUCUAAAUAAAUCGCAGAAAAUUAGUUGAAAAGAAUAGAAGAAAUACUGAAUACAAGAAUAGAGUUUUUAAAGUAAGCAUAGAAAGAUUAGGAGAGGAUUUAAUCAAUGGAAAACUAAUAAUUAAAUUUACAACAAGAAAUGGAAAAGUAAAAAAAUUAAAUGACAAAAUAAAACUAAUAAUAUGAAAAUCUAAAGUAUGAAUCUAUGGAAUAGAAAAAUAAAUAUGAAUUAAAAUUAAAAAAAUUGAUGUCAGAACAGGAAUAAAAUGAAAUUAAAAAUUAAAAAAGGAUUUAAUAAAUGGAAAUGGAAAACAAUUAAAAACUAUAAAAAAUAACUCAAUAUUAAAAUAAAAAAUAUCAAACCUUGAUGGCUGAGUUAGAAGACCUUAAAGAUAGGCCUCCAGAAAUUUAAUAUAUUCAUCAUUAUCAUAAAGAAGAAUCAUCCUGUUAAUUGAUUUGAAUCUUGCUAGAUCUAAAUUAAUAAUAUUAAUUCCUAAAAUUUCUCUCUCUCUACUUCUAUUAAAUUUAAAAUUAAUGUUUUGAUAUAAACAAUUAUGAUGUAAUAGAAUUUUACAAUUAUUAUUAUUUAUAGAAGAUUAAGUAUCGAUAAUAUAUAUUUUCUAAACAUAAUUUUUACUAUUUUAAUAAUGUUGAUAUCUUGAAAAUAUUUUAUAAUUUUAUUCAAUUUUUGUCUAAUAUCUAUAUCAAAAAAUAUAGUAAGAUUUAUCUUUUAUUAAGUCAAGAAAAUUAUCUUAAACUAUUUAAGCAUUUCCUAAAGAUUUAUGAAGAUUAUUUAAUUUAUUUCAAAAAACUUUUGAAACAAAAAAUUAUUUAUUAAUAACAAUAAUUAUCAUCUUAAUGCAAUAAUAGAUAGGAAAAAAGUAAUUUUAAAUGGAAUGUUAAAGAAAACAUUUCAUAAAGGAUAAGUUAUAUCAUCUUCUUUUAGAGGAUAAUUGCAUAAGAAUAUCUGAGGUAAGAAAACAUCCAACUAAAAGAGACAGUCAUAUUCAAAAAUUGUAAAUAUGUACUUGAACUAAAUUUUGAAAAUAUAAUUUAUUGGAAGACAGAGCAGAGCUAACUUGUUGCAUAUGGUAUUAAGUAUAAUAAAAACCUAAAAUGGUUUCAUGCUAACAGCUCCGAUUUAUAACAUUUAUAUAAAAAAUUAUGUGGAAGAAUUUUUUUUGGAAAUGUUUCUUCCAUUUAUGAGAGCAAAGAAAUAUUAGGUUCAGGGGCUUCAUCAAAAGUAUAUAGAGUUUCUAAUAAAUUAACACAUACUGAAUUUGCUUCAAAAUGCAUUCGUAAAGAUUACAUCUAUAAAAGAGAAGAUAAAGAAAGAUAUGUAACUAUUUAUGUGAUAUAGAAUCGCUUAAUUUAAGAAAUAGAAUUAACAAGAAAACUAGAUCAUGAAACAAUUGUUAAAAUGAUUGAUAUUUAUGAAGGAGAAAAAUCGUUCUAUAUCAUUCUUGAACUAUUAAAGGGUGAAUCUCUUCAUUCUUUUUCGAAAAAAAACAUACUAUCUCUUACAUAGAUUCGAUAAAUAAUAAGUGUAUCAACAUAAUUGUAUGAUAGAGAUGUUUACAAGCAUUAUGUUAUUUAGACUUGCAUAAUAUAAUCCAUAGAGAUUUGAAAUUAGAAAACUUGGUAUUGAAUGAAUAAGGAAAAGUAGAUACUGUAAAAAUUAUUGAUUUUGGUCUUGCAAUUUACACUUCUAGUCCUUAUAGAUAAUUAUGUGGAACUCCUGGAUAUAUAGCUCCUGAGAUGUUUAUAGAAAAAUACCCAUACACAACUAAAGUAGAUAUUUUUAGUUUAGGAGCUAUAUUUUAUAAAUUAUUGUGUAAAAAAUCAUUAUUUAGUGGAAACACUAGUGAUGAGAUUUUAGAAAAUAAUAAGAAAUUUCUAUGUAAUAAUCAUUUAAAAAAUUGUUCUGAUGUAACUAUUGAUCUGAUAAAAUAAAUGCUUUAAAAAGAUCCUUAAAAAAGGAUAUCAGCUUUUUCAGCUUUAUAGCAUCCUUUCUUUGGAGAUAAAAGCUCAGGUAUUGAUUUAAUAAAAUUAGAUAGAAUAAGGAAUAGCUGAAGAAAGUCCACAUGAGAUUGUGAGAACAUUUCCUCACACAAAACCAAUGUAAAUAAUAAAUUCUAAUGACAAUAUUGCAGAUAUUAAGAUUUAAGCAAUUCGAGGAAGUUAAUAAAGCUUUGAGCAAAGCUUAGGAUCUAAUUAUUUCCCAUCAUUUGAUGAGGGUUAUCAAAAACCAAGAAAUGGUAGCGAUCAUAUUAUUGAAUGA